UUGAUAAUUGUUAUUUCGAAAGAUCCAUCAAAGAGCGAAGGUCAAACAGUGCUUUCAGAAGUGAAAAACAAUGUUUUAUAAUUUUCAUCAAACGGAAGGAUAUGAAACUUGGAAAAUUGGAAAGUAAUUUAAUGGAGUUAUCGUUUUCGAGAAUAAAAACGAUACUUAGUCCGAAAAAGGUUUAUAAUUUGGUAUCUGUGCGUUCCUGCUGCGUCUUGCUCGACAUUUAUCAUAUAGAAAGUCCUUGGAAUGGCCCUUGAUUUUUUUGCUGGUUGUUUAGGGGGUUGUGCGGGAGUAAUAGUGGGACAUCCCUUUGACACUGUGAAAGUGAUUUUGCAAACGCAAAUGCCGAAUGCUGAAAGAAAAUACGCCGGCACAGUUGAUUGUGUCAAAUCGCUAAUGGUAAGGGAGGGUCUUCGAGGCCUCUACAGAGGUGUGAGUAGCCCUUUGGCGGGGGUAGCAGGGAUCAACGCCGUCGUUUUCGGUGUUUAUGGGAAUGUGCAGAGAGCUAUCGGCGACAGCAAUAGCGCUUUAUCUCAUAUUUUGGCAGGAUCCGUGGCGGGCCUGGUGCAAAGCGUUCUUUGCGGACCCAUGGAACUGGUCAAGUCAAGAUUACAAGUCUCCAGCAAGCACAUGGGCAUUUUCGAGUGUCUCAAGCGAAUAUACGACGUCGAAGGACGGAGGGGACUUUUUCGGGGAUUAUCUAUGACAGUAGCACGCGACGUUCCGGCAUUCGGGAUAUAUUUUGCUUCUUACGAAGCGAUGACACGAUCUGACGACAACACGUCCGUUUCGGUGACGAAAUUAUUGUUGGCCGGUGGUUUGGCGGGAAUGUUUUCGUGGAUCGUGUUUCCGGUAGACGUGAUAAAGUCCAGAAUACAAGUGGACGGAUUGGAUGGGAAACCGCUGUAUAAAAACAGUUGGAAUUGCUACCUCAGAAGUACCGCUACGGAAGGCUACAGGUGUUUGUUUAGGGGAUUUCCCAUUGCUAUUUUAAGGGCGUUUCCAGUGAAUGCGGCCUGUUUUACCGUUGUGGCGUUAACGCUUCGACUUUUCGACCAAGAUAAGACGCAUAAUGAAAAGAACAUUGUAUAUAAUUACGGUACAGACAAGAAUGUGUUCAUGCCAAACUACGAAUCUUCCUUAAUGUACGCAACAUUGUAAAUAUGUAAUUAACUAGUAAUAUCGAAUAUAAGGCGUCCCUAUGUAGGUAUCAUAAAGAAUAAUAAAUUAUUUUUGGAGACA